CGGGCAGCGAGGGCGAGCUGGUGCGCGCCUGCGCGGGAGGCGGCGCCGGUCGGUGAAGUUGGUCAAAGCGCCGGUGAUAAAAUGCAUAAGCUUAAAUCAUCUCAGAAGGACAAGGUCCGCCAGUUUAUGACAUUUACCCAGGCUGGUGAAAGGACUGCUAUAUACUGCUUAAUGCAGAAUGAAUGGAAACUAGAAGUGGCGACAGACAACUACUUCCAGAAUCCAGACUUGUACUACAAAGAAUCCAUGAAAAAUUCAGUAGACAAGAAGAAAUUGGAACAAUUGUACAAUCGAUACAAAGACCCACAAGAUGAAAAUAAAAUUGGAAUAGAUGGGAUUCAACAGUUCUGUGACGAUUUAAGCCUGGACCCAGCCAGUAUCAGUGUUCUGGUUGUAGCAUGGAAGUUCAGGGCAGCUACUCAAUGUGAAUUCAGUAAAAAGGAAUUUAUUGAUGGCAUGACAGAGUUGGGGUGUGACACCACAGAAAAACUAAAAGCGCUGUUGCCAAGACUGGAACAGGAGCUAAAGGAUCCAACAAAGUUUAAAGAUUUUUAUCAGUUUACUUUUAACUUUGCUAAAAACCCUGGACAAAAAGGUCUAGAUCUAGAAAUGGCAAUUGCAUACUGGAAUUUAGUCUUGUCAGGAAGAUUUAAAUUUCUAGAUCUUUGGAAUAAAUUUUUGUUGGAACAUCAUAAAAGAUCAAUUCCAAAAGAUACCUGGAAUCUUUUGUUAGACUUUGGAAAUAUGAUUGCAGAUGAUAUGUCCAACUAUGACGAAGAAGGAGCAUGGCCUGUUCUUAUAGAUGAUUUUGUGGAAUAUGCACGACCGGUAGUCACAGGAGGAAAACGUAAAUCUUCCUAAUCCUCGACUUGUCACUGUGGACUGAAUGUGCGCUCUCAGCUGCAUUAGGUAAUGAAGAUUGCUUGACUGAUAACUGUGUACAUCUUGUGGGUUUCAGUGGUCAUGAUGAAAUUCUGGAGAGAAAAAGGAAAUUCUUCCCUUUUGCCUAAAGGAAAACACGGCUCGCUUGUGGACACCUCAAGACAAACUCAGAAUAUAGUCCAGGCUGUUUGUAGGCUACUGGCUGUAUCAUAUAGGCUGUAGAUUUUUGCAUGAUUUUAUACUUUGGAGAAGUGUAACUAGAGGCCUUUUUAUUGAAGUUUUGACAGCACAGCAUGCCAUUCAGUUCACGAUCCAGAGUGAACACCAGCAGUUACAUAAACAAAGCUGUAUUAUAUUGUACUGAUAAUAAAAGCAGUAUUUGUGGUGUAUAUAAAUUAAAUCCCUGAAUAAAACUUAU